AGCAGUUAUAAGAGAUUUCACUUCGUUCAGUCUGAGAAACUCUCUUUGCUCUGGUACUUUUACUUUUGUGAUUUUAGCAUCUGCAGGAGUUAUGGCACACAGGCAGAUCACAAGAUCACGAAUGAAACCUCAGGACAACUCGGCGUGGUUGAACUCUCUCAUUAUGCCCCUACAUCCCGAUGAAACCGCUCAAAGUUUCUCACACAGGAUCUUCAAAGAGCAGAACGACCACACAACAUCAUUACAGGAGCAACUUACAGAAAAGGAUCUCCACAUUUCCAGACUGCAAGACGCACUGACCUCUGAAAGGGAAAAGUGUGCAACGUUCCAGAGUCGCUGUAACCAGCAGAUGAUGGAGCUGAAGCGAAGGGAACAGCACAUCAAUCGCAUGAGAGAGAAACUCUCGCAGCUCACAGACAGACAGAAACACCGCAGUGCCUCCAUGGAGGUUCUAAAUGUGUUGCCAAAGGUGCCGGGACGGGGAAGAGCCGCCUUUAAGGCCGCAAAGGCUGAUGGGAGGGCAGAAGAUGCGCUGCGGUUGCUGUUGGAUCGGCGGGAAGCCGAGCUCAGAGAAGCCAUGAGACUACGGCACGGCUUAACCACACUACUGCACAUGCUCCGAAAAGAUAUGGCACAGACUCUACAGGACGAUAACAUUACAGAAGCAGAGGAUGCUUUCCACGACAAUGUGCUGCUCCAAUCAGAGCAGGGUCUCGGUGAUCAUGUGACAGGGGGUGUGGUCCAGGAGUGGACGCGUGUGCAAAAACGAUUAUGGACGAUGUCGUUGCAAGAUCCUGUUGCUAAAGGCACAGACCAGGAGAAGCUUCUUGGUCAGCUUGAGGCAGAGCUGGAGCAGAGCGGACAACUGAUCCAAGUACAGCAGCAGUUACUGCAGGACAGUGUAACUCCACCCCUUCCUGUUGCACUAAUGGACUGCUACUACCUGGAGGAGUGGGAGCGGCUGCAGGACAGAUGGGAGGAGCUUAAGAGGCAGAGGCGGAGCUUCCGGCGAGAGAGGAAGGCCUUUACUGAUGCUGCUAUCCGAUUGGGUCAUGAGAGAUGUGAGUUUGAACGGCAGAAGGCUUCACUCCUCAAGACGGAUUUCUUGAGCAUUUCCCCUGUACAGAGACAUUCCCAAUGGAACAGGAGAGAGAGCACAGCGCUCGGCGAACUGCGAGUCGUGGUUCCGGAUCAGCUGUGUUUAUCUCCAUGUGCUCCCAGCACACCAUCAUCUGAAGGGUCAGAGGUCACAGUGUGGUCCCGACAGAACAGGGCCAAGACCCCUAACACCCCUGAGCUCUACUCUGCUCUUAAACUGCCCUACUUCAGAUCAGAGCGAAGCCCUCAGUUUGACAGCUGGGGGGACGAGAACGAGAGAGACGUCACGCCUGAUAAACUCAACAUGGACUGGCCUUUUUAGUUGACAUUGUUUUACGAUUCAUUUAUGCUGUCAUUUGCAAAAUAGGUUCUUGAAUAAAUACAA